AAGAAUCCGCCUCCAGAGUUAAUCUCACUCGCCGAUUGGUUGCUACAACGAGAAAAAUCGGAAGUGGAGCUUCCGUACGGGCUGGGGCUCCCUGUUUCCUAGGGAUAACCUUGGAUUUGGAGUUUCCCUGGAAUUCUCUCCUGGUUCCUCCUCAUCCUGGGUUUCCCCCCAGUUUCACCUAAUUCCCUCAGCUCCCCAGAAUCCAUGGAUUCUCUGCUUUUCCUCUGCGCCCGCUGCGUCGUCAGCCAGCAUCCUCUUCCUGCCCUUCCUGCCGAUCUCUAUCAUGUCCUUUUCCAAGUGGCUUUCCUGGAUGGAAGACCCCUGGUCCUGAGGGAUUUGGUGACCACUUGGCCUUUCCCGGUGCUCCACCUGCAGCGGCUCGUGGGGCACCGGGAGCUGCUCCGGGAUCAUGACUGCACAUUCUGCAUCAAGGCCAUCAUCCAGGGCGUGGUGGCACAGCUCCAGCGGGAGCUGGAAGAGCCUGGCCGCCAUUCCAGCUUGCGCGUGCUGGACAUGACCGGACUCUCGGAUUCCGUGUCCGGCGACACUCCCGUCGGUUUGACCGUCUGGUUCAGCACCGAGGCUUUCGCCAAGGCUUGCUUGGGGGUGUCCAAGCAUCAGCAGGAAUUCCAGAGGCGUGAAUCCAACCAGCACAAAGGCUGCUCCGGAGCUGACACGGGCACAGCCACUCCGCAGCCCACAGGCAUGGAAGUCCACACGGACCUAUGUGUCGAAAGAAGGUCCUACGAGAUCCUGCGUGAUGCUCUCCAGACUGGAGCCGCCAGCCCGCUGCGCCUCAAGUGCCGUGAAUUCCAAGCGGUGGACAUCUCAGUAUUCAAGAUUGUGACUUUGUUGGAAUCUCUGGAUCCAUCGUUCGUGCGGAGAGUGAACCUAUGCUUCAACUAUUUCGGAUUGACCGGACUCUCGGUGAUCCUGCCGCACCUCUCGCGCUUCCCGGAGCUGCGCAGCCUCAAGCUCCAGUGCAACAACGUGGAUGUGCAGCAUCUGAUGCCAGAAUCGGCCACGGGAAUCCGCUGUGUUGCCAGGCAGCUGGGAAUGUUGCCCAGCCUCCGGGAGCUCAACCUGGGAUCCUCCCGGCUCUCUGGGAAUCUGCACCAGAUCCUCUGUGACCUCCAGACUCCAUUGGAAAGCUUGGAAUUGCCCUUCUGCUCCCUUGUUCCCGCCGACCUCGCCUUCCUCUCCCAAAGCAUCCACGCUCCGGCCCUCAAAAGGUUGGAUCUGAGCGGCCAUGACUUCUCCCAAGGCCUCCUGGAGCCGCUGCGGCUGCUCCUGCAGGAAACCUCGGCCUCGCUGCUGUGCCUGGAUCUCAUGGAAUGCCGCAUGGCCGACUCCCACCUGGAUGUGCUACUCCCGACGCUCCUGCGCUGCUCCCGCCUGCGCUUCCUGCGACUGUAUGGCAAUUCCCUGUCCACGGCUGCACUCAAGGACCUGCUCCAGAAAACCUUGGAGCUGCCAAAUCUCCACCUGGUCGUGUAUCCCGUCCCCAAGGACUGCUACAAUCCAGAGCCGUCAGAAUUCCAUUCUGAUUUUGGAGAGGUCUUGGAUGAGGAGCUUUUUGAAGCAACCAAGGUGCAGUUUUCCCAAAUCUUGAUAAAUUCUGGGAGAACUGACCUCAUCUGGACUUACAAUCCUAAUGGCCACAGAGCCCUGGACUACUUCUACUUGUGAUUUGUAAAGUCUUGGAGCCUGCAUUGUGGAAAAUUGCUGCUGCCUUUUUCCCAUAACCCGGGUGCUUUCCAGCUCCUCCUGGUGAUGUUCUGUUUCAUUCCAGGGUUCUUUUCCUUUCAUUUUGGUGCUUUUCUGCCGGUUUGUUAGUUUUCUGCUUCAUCCUGAUGUUUCUCCUCCCCAUCCCGAGAUUUUUCGUUGGUUUUGUAGCUUUUCUGCCACAUUUUGAGGUUUUUCCUCCCCAUCCUGACAGUUUCCCCCUCUCAGCCCAUCCUGGUAUUUUUCUGCCUCAUACUGGUACUUUUCUGUCUCAUUUCAUGAUUUUUCCCAGCCCAUCCCAGUGUUUUUUCCAUAAGGAUUGGCUUGGCACAGCCAAAUUACAGGAGGCUCUGGGGCUGGAUUCCACAAGAAGCUUCCAGAAGCUUCUCCCGUGUCUGGCAAAUUCUGUCAGGAACAGCGGUGACACCUCUGGAAUAAGAAUGAAGUUGGAAGAAACCAGUCAUAGCACAGCUGGAAUUCCAGAGCAGCAAUUUGGGAAAGGAGUGACUCCAGAGGUCAUUCCAAGGUGCUGGAGUGGAAGUUCCCAAUAUUCUGAGGUGCAUGCAAAGGGAAGCUCAUCCUAGAACUGGAUCUUUGCAGGGACCUGCGGAUCCAUGGAAAAAGGAGCAGAUUCCUGGCAGGAAUCCCAUGGAGGAAAAAACCUUUGUAGCAGGAUAUUGCUGAUGUAUUGACCCCUUGGAAAAGUCCAUGAGGAAUUGUCUUCCAUGGGAAUGACACACUGGAGAAAUCCAUGGAAAAUUCUUGCCAUGGGAUGGAUUUGCGUUAGAAAAUGGAUUGAAAAGUGACCUCAGGAUGGAUUCACAGUGAAUUCCAUGAAAAACUCCCCUGGGAUGGUCCCAGCUCUCAGCACUACUGGAGGGAUUGAGGGAAAGGUGGGAGUGAAUUGGGGGAGAGAAAAGUUGGAUUUGGGGUCUGGUUAUCCUGCUCUGAUCCCAUUGAAAAGAAACUCAUGAUAUUGCA